AUGUGUUCUUUUUCCCCUCAUAGAGUCCAAGAGUUACGUGAUGCAGCAGCAUCUUUGGAGAUAGAGAAAGAAAGUCUAAUAGAAAAAAUCCACAGUGUUCAGAACAGCCAGGAUAUGAGGAACAUCAGUGAUGGUAAGGAGCUGCUUCAUACUACUCAUAUAAACCCUGGGGGGGUAAAAACAAAAUUGAUGGAUUAUGGUAAUGUAAUCCCUGGUUUAGCCGUUUUCCUACAGUGCCACCCUCCUUUGCACCCCCAUGGUGCCGAAGGUGUUAACACCCCUUCAGUCACUUACCAGAAUCCAGCGCCGAUGUCCCUCAGCGCUGGGUCAGGCUCUGCGGGGGAGAUCUAAUGUGCAUGUGCGGCAAUGGCCGUGCUCGCAUUAGAAUCUCCCUAUAGGAGAGCAUUAUUCCUAUGUUUUCCCAUGGAGAAAAAUCUGACACUGGAGGUCCUCAUGCAGAGCGUGAGGACAUCCAACCCCAGAUAAUGGAAAAGUCGGUUUCAAAUCAGGAAGCCCUCUAGUGGCUGUAGUUAUUUCUCAAUAACUGCAAUAAGUACUAUUACAGGGUUAAGGGUCAUGGGACAUUACACCCAGACCACUUCAAUGAGCUGAAUUGGUCUGGGUGCCUACAGUGUCUCUUUAAAGUUACCAUGUACAAUAUGUGCAACUGCUUUUAUUUAAUAUUUUAACAAUUCAUAGAUUACUCCAUUCUUCGAACUUUGCUCUGACAUCACCAGGCUCUUCAGUGACUCUGCUACCAAUUAUACCUGUGACAUAAAUUGGGAUCAGCAUAAGUUAUGGAUUAUUAUAUGUCAGAUAAUGGUUACAACACUAAUUACAAGUUAUAUUCACUUAUGCUACAACAGGAUUAUUUUCUAAAGUGAGACUUCAAAGUAAAUUUUAAAUGUAAGGCCAGAAAAGCCGACCAUAAGCCAUAGCUGACUUAGAGAAUUCUUCCAGUUCAGCUAUUUUUCCUUGAAUAUGAAAUUCACUUUGAAUUAUAACCCUAUAUAUGUUGGAGCUUUUAAAUAUGGAGAUUUGUGUAUGUUUUGUGCGAAAACACAGUGUAACAUAUACCAUCUGAAAUAAUAUGGUGGCUAAAUGUAUAGUUAUAUUGAACUGGUAAAUGUUCAGUGUAGCAAAAUGAUAUAUAAAGUAUGUGUAGCGGAGUAGUAGGGGUUAAUCCACGGUAUCUCCACAGGUAGUCAGGAUAAGCAGGUAAAACACAGGUAGCGUAGUAACGAUCCUUUCCUUCCAAGAACUAGACGACACAUAGCUUGGAGGUCAACUGAACUUUUAUUCCACAGGGACAGUAUUUAUGCAGUUCCCCAUGCAAGGGAUUUACCAACUGGUAUUGCAGGGGAUUUAAUCAAGGGGACUGUGUGGGAAACUGACCCUGCAAGGCUAUUUCCCACCAUGCCCUGCUGUCCUGGAGAGAUAAUCACCCAAGAAUGUACUAUUAAUUGGAUUAUCUCUCAGUACAUCAAAAUACUGCUUGUUAUAUAAAAAUACCCAACUGACAUAAUAUUCAUGACAUUUAACCGAAUUACCCCUUUUUACAUAGCUGGGAUCUGAUGAAAUACCGCUCAGAUCCCUGCACAAUUAAAUGAACGCCGUUCGAAUUACAGUUUUGUAUUAACAGGUAUUGAAAUGCACGAACAGACUGGUUACGUUAGAAUACCGAAAGAACCAGUUUCCAGCGGUGUACGUGCCGUCGAGUAGCCGAUUUUAAUUCCAGGCACUUGACAACCAAACACCGCUGGACUUUCGUGAACAAAGAUAGCCGCUGCCACGUGUUCGGUAUACGAACGGCGACCACACACAUAAUACCUUAAUUGGUUGCGGAUGCAUUGUAUCUAUCGUUAGAUGGGAGACACACGACCUCCUUUGGGUGGUCUCCCAUUCGGUAUAUUAUUUGUUUCACGAACAGCGUUUAAAGUCACAGUUCGUGAAACUACCAUGUGAAUGCUGGUGGCUUUCAUGCCGCAAGCAUACGAAUGCUAUGGGUCUAAUUAUAAUACGAAAUACAAAUACAGACAUAUGCAGGCAAUCUUAAAGCAAUAGCAUCCUAUACAUCAAAUGACCGUCUUAAGUGGCUAGGUUUGCCACAGUAUGUAUAAGCAAAUACUACCUUAAUUUCAUCACAAUAUCAACAAUAGGCCAGAGGCUCAGAUUCUCCUUCUGAAGAGACAAGCUUUAGUGACUUAAAGGGACACUCCAGACCCUUAAAACACUUUAGCUUUAUGUGUGAAGACUGUGUCCUCUUUGUUUCAUUUUGCAAAAAGUGCAGAUUUUAAUAGAAAUUGUCAAUUUUAUAAAUUAACCUGUUUACACCCCUUGGCUUUCAAGCAGAAAACAGGUCCUGUUACUUCCUAGUUUGGUAGCUCAGUGGAGCUAAACUCAGAAGGCAGCGAUAGCUCAGAGCACCUACCUUUCAAAGACUUCACAUUUAGGGUGCAUUGGGAAGUCUGUGAUUGGACAAACACAGAGAGUCUGGGCGGGGUUAGAAGGGAAGUGAUUGCAAAGGCAGAAAUGCAGCUGGAAAGUAAAAAAGAGGACACCUCCAGGAACAAAUUCUCGCUUGCUAGUCACGGGAGAGCAAUGAAGGCUCUGGUGCCACCCCCUCCUCCUAGGUUUGGACUGCCUAUAGGGGGGAUAGUUUCUUCGCUGGGCUGAUGCGCCACAUACAUGAAGAACACAGAGCACCCAAAACCUUGUACGCACAAAGAAAUCACCCAAAAAAGGAUUCUUUACUACACUAUGGCAGUACCACACUGUCAAACCCAUAAAAGAAUGAUUAUUUGAAUUUACUGCCAGUUGUUCCACUGUCAGGCACCAGGCUAUUGCUUUUUCCAGCUGAUGGCAAUUAAAUAAUGCUUGCACCUCUGUCAGACACCACAAUUUUUAUUUUGCAACUAUUGCAUAUGCCUGGGCCUGCUCUUGCUAGCCUCCUCUCUGCCUAGCCUGUCCAACACCUGCACAGAUCCCCCCGCUCCCAAAUACACUUUUCUUGAAUACACUGCCCUCUUUCCCCCCAUUCUCCCUCUUUUCAUCCACCCUUCUCCCUCCCCCCGGAGCAUCCUGGGCAUCAUAUCAGUGGAGAACUGGAGAUAAGUGAAUUAUGAAGCUGGAACAUAUUGGCCUCACGUAGUGACGUCGGCUUCAGCUUUGCUAAAAGACGCCAGCUAAAAAGCUCUUCAUCUCCUCAGUGAUAGCAAGAAGGAACAAGGCAGCGUGACACAUUGGCCGCGUAAUGACAUCGGCAUCAUAUAGUGACGCUUGCAUUGCUGAUAGAUGCUGGCGCAAGCUAAAUUGCAAAAAGAAGGACAAACUCCGAAAUCCCCCCGGACAUGAACAUUUCCCUCAAAAAAAGGACAUGUCGGAGGGAAUCCGGACGUAUGGUAACACUAACUUCAAUGAAAAAAAUGUGUAUUUAAGUUUUCAGUUGAGGUAUAUAUACUAAACAGUGAUUUUUAUUUAUUUUGAUAAAUCAGUUUAGUAUAAAUUAAAAAAAAAAAAGGUAAACCACUUAAUUUAGAAAUAAACUUUAUAAGCAAUGCUUGCAUCUUUAAGAGAAGAUAAACUUAUUUAAACCCUUAUAGUGCAAAACUAAGUAUCUGUUCCCAUUCUGAACAUUUUAUAAGAGACAGCUCCAAGUGAUGGUAACAAUCAAUCAAAGAAAGUUAGCUAUGUUGGCUCAUUCCAUUAAUUCACUGCUUCCACAGUAAGAGACACAUAUUUAGAUGGAAUCUCAUUGCUAGAGCAGUAAGUGACGGUCAUUAAGUAGAUCAAACUGAAACAUGCAAGUUCUGGGCAGGGAGAAAAAAUGACUAAUGCUUCUUUACUUGGAUGUGUCAGCGAGAUCAAAGUUUGAUUGCCUUAAUCUGAUCUUUGCAAUGGCGGUUACGGGUGCUAUGUUUUGCACACUUUGAAAUCUUAGAGUCUGGAAAUUUCAGUACACAAUUCAAAUGAAAUAACUCUUGAUGAGCUUUUAAAGGAGUACAAUGUGUUUUGGGCUCCUUUAUGCUUUCUUUGUUAUCUUAUUUUUUGGUGCUGCUUGAGUUGGCAAAUAACCAGGUGCCAGACUAGCCUUUAAAUUCUAUUUCGAUUUAGGGCAGACUAAGUUAUAUACAUCUUACACAUCUAUAAAUAUCAAGUAAAUAAAAAAAUCUCACCCCGAGUGUUACUUGCUAUAUGUAAAUGUAUAAGAUGUGUAGAACUUGUCCUGGUGAAAGUUUUAAAUAUGAAACUGAAACAUUGAUCAAUAAAAGUUAAGUUUUAGUUUUUUAACUAAGCCCUAUAGUGCUAUCAAUAUUUCCAUUUUCUAUUAAUACAUUUGUUGGAUUCGAGCACCGGGUCUAAGCUAUUUUUUUUUGUUUGAACUUCAUUUGACUGGUUAUAUUGCCAUAUAUAUAUAUAUAUAUAUAUAUAUAUAUAUAUAUAUAUGUAUAUAUAUAUAUAUAUAUAUAUAGUUAUUUGUGUUUGUAUAUUUGGUGAUUGGAGACUGCUCCAUCACUCUGCCCACCAGACGCAUAUUGAGUAUAUUCAGUAAUAAUGUGCGCUCAGACCUAAGCUAUCUGGGGAUAUGUUGCAUGUCUGUAUUUUAUGUAAUAAAUGUAACCUUGUGUAUUUUAUGUAUUUUACUGUCUUUUGCUACCAUGUGUUCAAUGGAGUUUUUCCUCUGUCCUUGGAGAUAAUCGGAUUACUUCCCAAUUAUCUCCAGGAUAGAAGACUCUGUGGAACUGGUUUUGGGCAGAAAAGCCAUGCUUCAUUUGGUCACAAAGGAUUUUGAUCUAUCUUUUGAACCAAUGGACCAAUUUGGAUGAUUUUGACAUAUGUUUGUAUUUGAAAAUGUAAUUUUAUGUGAAUGUGAUGUAUACUUUUAAAGUUAUGAAUAAUGUGGAAAAACUGUAUUUCUCUGCCUGUGAUAAUUACAUUAAGCCAUUGUGUAAGGUAAUUGUAUCACAGGCAGAGGGGAGGAUUUUGUGUGGGAGUGUCUGAGUGUAUUGUACGUGUUUAUUGGUUGUUUUCCAAAACUCUGUGGGUGGUACUAAUGUGUAAGAAUGUGUAUAUAAGAACAAUAAACCCACAGCUCUGGCUGUUCCUGCUUGACCCUCAACACGGAGCUUUGUCUCGUUCUUGGGGGGGAUUUACUGUAUGCUGUAAGAGGCUGAUUACCAGGAGUGUAAGCCGCUUCGGUGCUUUUCCUGUUGAGCUGCUAGCAGCUAUUCGUGAGGUUCCAGUUCGGGAGUUUGGAGUGCUACUUUGCAUCCUGUUCGGGAGUUUGGGGUGCUGCGGUAGCUGUGCCUGUGUCUCUGGAAGGGGAAGAUCUUCUAAACGGCGGUUUAACCCCUUUUAUGCCUGGGGGUGCCGUUACAUUCUGUAUCUGUAUGAUAUUUAUAGGCACUUUAGUAUAUUUACUGCCAAGUUUGCAAUCAACCACUACCAGAAUCCUUUUUUUUUGUCGUGCUUCAUGCGUAGAUGUUUUUAUUGACAAUGCAACUGUAGUAAAAAAUGUUUUUAAAGUUACAAUAUUAAAGGAACACUCCACGCACCAUAACCACUACAGAAGGCUGUAGUGGUAUAUCGUGCUUGGUUUGUUCCUUUGGAGUGACCUGACACCCCCCCACCCAAUGUAAUUAGUCAAAUUAAAUUAUUUUAGAUUGGUUUGAUUUCUUAUCUGUGGUGCACUUGGCACUGUUCCCUGCCUCUUGUGGAGCCAGAUGCUCUCUGCCUGAGCUAAGCCCGGCGGCCCAGAGCUUAUUUCUUUGGCUGAGAGCAGACAGCUGACAUUCUCCGCCAAUGAAUUAGCCCUGCACUGCACAGAGGUCAAAUUGUUCUAAAAUGGUUUGAUUCAACUGACGUUUUGCUUCUCCUGCAAUCACUUUUUUCUUCUGUACCCUAUAUCUUUUGAACUCCAAUAAAAACAACAUAUUUAAAACUAAAAUUGUUUGAUUACUUACAAUGGGGGGAGCCAGGUAAUGCUUCUUAAAAUACAAUAUUUAUUUAUUUUAUGACUUAUUAAAGUGCUGAGGAAUAUGCAUUAAAGGACAACUGUCACCUCAAUACUAUUUUGUAACCUAAUGAUCAUCAAUUUUUGAAAGGAACUAGAUUUUUUUUGUAAAAUUAAGUCUAUGUAAAACAAAAAUAGAAAAACGAAUCCCUACCUUUAGUAUAUGACAGGAUCCUUUGUGUACCUUGGGUCAUACUAUCUCUGUGUCUACAGAUUACUAGGAGUGAAGGGGUUCAUCAUUAAGGGAAUCAUACUAUUUAUUGUGCCUAGUUUUGAGAAUGGCUUCUUUUUGUUCUAGGUGAGAGAGAAGAGCUGACAAUAACAGCAGAUAGACUAAUGAAUCGCACACUCACUGUGGAGGUCUCCUUAGAAACUAUCCGAAACCCACAGCAGGCCACUGCCCUCCAGCAUGCUACUGCAGUCAUUGAUGAAAUUGCAAAGAAAGUGACAGACAACCUGGAGACUGGCAGGAAACAACUGAUCUCCCUAUAUGGGGCAUGUACCUCAGAUAUCAACCAAGGGCCGAUUGAUCAGAAGUUUCAGUCCAUCAUCAUUGGAUGUGCACUAGAGGAUCAGAAGAAAAUAAAAAGGAGACUGGAAAUGCUCAUCAGGAACAUAGACCAUUCAGAGAAGUCCAUCACACUUUUAGAUCAACAGAAGCAGAAGAAACAUUGA